AUGGUCACAUAGAGAAUUCGAGGAUAAAUAAAGUAGAGUUAUUUUAUUUUAAAAGAAUUUUCAACUAAAAUCACAUUGUUAGCAUUAAUUUUAACAAUAACAAUGAUAAUCAUAGCAAUAACUUUUUUCUACAAAUGUUCGUUGGUGAUUAUGAUGUUAUUUUUGUUAACAGGAAUUAUCUCUGUUUUAUUAAGUGUAAUAGAUUAGGAGUUUAUGAUAUAUUGAUUUAAUAAUAGCUAAAUCACUGA